CCCCCACAUCGUUUGCUCUCAGUUCAGCGCGCAGCAGCCCCGGCAGUGUGUCUGCAACCCCACAGACCUCCAGUCACGCCGGCAGAGGCUGCCGCAGAGCCGAGAACGCCCCCCACACCCCCCUCCCUCCCAUGCGUGAGGAAAGUUUCGCUGCAAGUUUUGCAUGUUCACUUUUGGCUUUUCUCGUGAAGAAAUCCGACAGAGUUUGAUCGAGAUCUUUGUGCUGCGCCCCGGAGACGAUCUGAUUUAGAAGAAGGCAACCCGGUUUUUAUUUUCUCUCUCCCCCUGAGAUGGAUGUAACUUUCAUUUUCUGCUUCACAACGGGGAACUUAUAAGAGCGUGGACGUAUUGUAGUUCUGCAUGAACAUCACCAGAGGGGAACAGAUAAAUGCUUAAAUCGAAGAAGCAAGGAUGAAGACAGCUGCCAAGGGUUUUGGAAAGUCUAGAAUGGAUCCUUUGCGCUCCGAGGGUUGGUUUGGCGCAAGGAUAGUGCUAACGGUAUAUGUGGCCUUGGAGCUUUUAACACUCCAUUCAUCUUUUGUCCUUGGGACCCUUGAGCUACAGCUAGAUGAGGAACAACCAGCUGGCACAGUUGUUGGUGACAUCAGUGCGGGACUUCCUCCGGGUAUUGCAGCAUCCUUGUAUUUCAUCUCUGACCACGAGGGCACAGGAGUGAGCACGGAUUUGGACAUAGAUGAAAGCACGGGCAUAAUCAAAACCGCCAAAGUUCUGGACAGAGAGCUGAGAGACAGAUACAGCUUCAUCGCAGUCACCAUGACAGGCGUGACCAUAGAAGUGACUAUCAAGGUGAAUGAUAUAAAUGACCAUGCUCCAAAGUUUCCCCGAAACAGAGUGACAUUUAAAAUUCCCGAGCAGACCGCUAUUGGCACAAGAUUCCCUCUUGAACCAGCUGUGGACAGUGAUAAGGGGCAGUUCACAACACAGGGCUAUCUUAUCAAGGAUGGAAAUGUUGGCCAGACAUUCACCUUGGAGACAAGGAGGGGAAGCAGUGAGGUUCUCUUUCUGGACCUGGUCGUCAACGGACUUCUGGACAGAGAGAAAAGAUCCACCUACACGCUAUCUUUGGAGGCCUUUGAUGGGGGUUCACCCAAGCGAACUGAUCAGUUGACCCUAGACAUUAUCGUACAAGAUAUAAACGACAACGCUCCUGUUUUCAACCAGAGCCGCUAUCAUGCUAUCAUAUCUGAGAAUCUCCAACCAGGAAGCAACAUCCUGCAGGUGUUUGCGACAGACGCCGAUGAGGGAGAUAACGGGUUGGUGCUGUAUGAAAUCAACAGGAGGCAAAGUGACCCCGACCGAUACUUUGUCGUGGACACUCGCUCCGGCGUCAUCACUUUGAACAAGCCGCUGGACUUUGAGAUGAGGAGAGUCCAUGAGCUCGUCAUCCAGGCUCAAGACAACGCGACCCAUCCGGAAGUGACCAACGCCUUUGUAACCAUUCAUGUCAGAGACUACAACGACAACCAGCCCACCAUGACCAUAAUCUUCCUGAGCGAGGAUGGGUCUCCCAGAAUCUCAGAAGGUGCACAGCCUGGCCAGUAUGUAGCACGGAUCUCAGUCACCGACCCAGACUAUGGAGAAUACGCCAAUGUGAAUGUGUCAUUGGAGGGAGGAGAUGGAAAGUUUGGCCUAACGACGAAAGAUAGCAUCAUAUAUCUUGUGUGUGUGGACCAGAUUCUGGACCGAGAGGAGAGGGACACGUAUGAGCUGAGGGUGAUGGCGACAGACUCAGGCACACCUCCGCUCAGGGCCGAGUCCUCAUUUGUCAUCCAGGUGACUGACGUUAAUGACAACCCUCCUCUUUUUGAUCAACCGGUGUACAGACAAGUGAUCCCUGAAGUGGUCUUCCCAGGCAGCUUUGUGUUGCAGGUAACUGCAAGAGAUAAAGACCAGGGACCAAAUGGGGACAUUAACUAUAGCAUCCUGCAAGACCAAAGUGGCUACUACAGCUGGUUCAGUAUAGACUCUGUUACAGGCAUUAUCACCACUCUAUCGCAGCUGGAUUAUGAAAAGAACCCUAGUCCCAGUAUAACUGUAGUGGCCACAGAUGGGGGGAGACCUCCUCUUUCUUCCACAUCAGUGGUAAACAUCUUACUUCAGGAUUUAAAUGACAAUGAGCCUGUUUUUGAGAGGAACGUCUACAAUGUGUCCAUCAAGGAGAACACCGCUCCAGGGACCUGCAUUCUUCAGGUGACUGCGACGGAUGCGGACGGCGGCUCCUUUGGCUCGGUGUCCUACUCCCUCGGCUCUGGCAGCAACAGCGCUGUUCCCUCUCAGUUUACCAUUGGCAAGGAGACGGGCCAGAUCUGCACUAACGCCGCUCUAGACCGGGACCAAGGGCCGGACAGCUUCGACUUUACUGUAACAGCAGUAGACGGGGGGGGACUGAGUUCAGUAGCCUACGUGAAGGUGGACCUGGUUGACAUUAAUGACAACAGACCCGCUUUCUACCCAGUCAGUUAUGCUGUUAGUCUGAGCACGCAGAGUGCCCCUGGCACCUCUGUUGUCAGAGUGGUGGCGUAUGACCCGGACUCAGGCGAGAACGGCAAAAUUACAUACAAAACAGUGCCUGGAGGAGCUUCCCCGUAUUUUACUCUCAACAAAGACACAGGUGUUAUCGCCCUGUCUCGGUCAGUUUAUGGGAAAGCCAACUCUGUUAUCCCCCUGGUUAUCGCUGCUCAAGAUGGCGGUGGUCUCUUGGCCUUAGAGAAUGCAAGGGUCAACAUUAGCGUGGUGGCAGGACUGGUGGCGCCACCUGUAUUCGAACAGACCCAGUACCACUUUACUGUGUCAGAGGACGCCCUGCGUGGGACGGAGGUAGGCGUCGUCCAGGCCAGCAGUAAGACAGGCAAUUCCAGGGGCAUCACUUACACAAUAAGCUCUGGGGACCCAGCGGGCUACUUCACUGUGGAUUCGGACACUGGAGCCUUAAGGACCAGCCUGCCCCUGGAUCACGAAGCCCAGCCAGUUCUAGAUUUGGAAGUGCAGGCCCGGAGCGGCAACCCUCCUGCGUUUGGCCAGACCCGCGUACACGUCACCGUCGCAGACGUCAACGAUAACCCCCCCGUCUUUUUGCCCUCGUCCUCAGAGUCCCUUCUGCUGCCCGAAAACACAGAGAUGGGCACAGUGGUGUAUCGGAUCCAAGCAGAGGACAGGGACUCGGGACUCAACGGACAGCUCAGCUUCGAUCUUUCGUCCCCAAGUGGAACCCAGCGGAUUUUCAGCAUCGAGCGCAGCACCGGAGAGAUUCGAUUGGUCGGGAGGCUCUGCUUUGAGACCAACCCCCGUUAUGACCUCCUGGUGGUUGCCAAAGAUCGAGGCGUGCCCCCGCUCAGCGCCACCCUCAUGCUCGUGGUUCACGUGCAGGCGGAGAACGAGCAGGGUCCUGUGUUUGAUACCCUCACCUACCGGGUGGAACUGAAAGAGGGAAUGCCGAUAAACACUCGCUUCCUGCAAGUCAGGGCCAUGAGCAGGGAGAUCCCGGGCUCGGGUCAUCUGAGCCCGCUGAUGUAUCACCUUCGCCCCGAUGGAGAUGCCGCAGGAUUCGGCAUCGCUGCAGACAGCGGCUGGCUGUUUGUGAAGAGCUCCCUGGACAGGGAGCAGAAAGACAUGUAUCUCUUAACAGUGCUGGCCACCGUGACCCACGGAGGGUUGAAGAAGACGGGGAGCGCCACGGUGCGCAUAUCUGUGACGGAUGAGAAUGACAAUGCGCCGCGGCUCGCCCAGCAGAGAGUUUUCAUGGCUGUGAGAGAGAAUCUGCCCACGGGAACAGGUUUUGGUCACGUGUUGGCCACAGACAGGGACAGCGGCGCCAAUGGACGCCUCAGUUACCGCUUCCUUCAUGCCGACCGUCACUUCCAGAUAAACGCGCACACAGGUGAAAUCAGUACAAGAAUGACUCUUGACAGAGAGCAACAGUCGAGUUAUCAGCUGAUGGUGGUGGUACAAGACGGAGGGUCACCCUCGCGCUCUGCGACAGGCACCGUCUUCAUUACGAUACUCGACGACAACGACAACGACCCCGCUUUCAUCCACAGUCAGUCGGGCAAAAACAUCAUCAUACAGGUGAAAGAAGGUCAAGUUGCUGGUGCUCUGCUGGGAACGCUGCAAGCCAAAGACCCAGAUGAAGGAGAGAAUGGCACAAUAGUCUACUCCUUGUCAGGUCCAAGGGCUGAGCGUUUCUCUUUGAACGCAAUCACUGGCGAGCUGCACUCAUCAUCCCCUCUUAGCCACUCAGAACGGGCCGAAUACGCGCUGACAGCGACAGCCACUGACAGAGGACUACCCCCGCGCAGCGCCUCCUGCUCCCUCACAAUUCAGGUCAUCAGCAAAAACAGUGAAGCCGCUAAGACGAGUUCCCACUCCAUAUUAUUUAACUCUGUGGAGGAGGAGGCCAGUCCUGGCUCUAUCAUUGGCUCAGUUCACCUCCAUGACCACAGAACCACCGAAGAGGGCAAGGUGACCUACACGGUAAUCGGGGGGACAGAUCAGGAUGGGACUUUUGUUGUGGAUCGCCUAACUGGGGAUGUGUACCUGGCUCGUCCCCUGGACUACGAACGAGACACACGGUACAGCCUGAGAAUUGAAGUGGACGACUUCUCGCAGGUCCCUCCUAGAAGCACACUUGUCAACUUGGACAUUGACAUAGAAGACAGCAAUGACCAUUCCCCUGAGUUCGCCGAGGACCCCAUCACAAUCGUCAUCUCUGAGAACAUGGAGGCCGGCUCUUCUGUCUACACUUUCCAGGCUACAGAUAAGGACGGCAGUGGGCCUAACAGUGAACUGCUCUACUCCAUUAUUCACCAGUGGCCAAACACCCCUGGCCUUUUGAUGCUUGACCCUGUCACCGGGAUUCUCUCUUUGGGUCACAAGCUAGACCACGAGGUCACGUCCACGAUGAUGCUGGUCGUCAAGGCAACAGAUUCGGCCCUCAAUGCCAGCCAGAGACGCUGGGCUUCUGUCACGGCGAGGAUCUAUGUAACCGACGAGAAUGACAAUCCGCCGGUGUUCAUAUCGCCAACGGCCGUCAGCGUCAUGGAGGACCAGCCGGUGGGCUUUGUGGUGCUUUUUCUCAUGACCAGAGAUGACGAUCAAGGGGAGAACGGUAGAGUGACUUACAGAAUCCGUUCAGGCAACACCGGAGGGACAUUCAACCUGAACCCCAACACAGGCUCUCUGUCUAUUUUCAAACCUCUGGACCGUGAGGAGCAGGACAUCUUUAAUCUCACGGUGGUUGCCGAGGAUCAUGGGACACCUCAGCGGUCGGCUAGCCAGACGCUGCGUGUUCAAGUUAUUGAUGUUAACGACGAAGCGCCCUGGUUUGAGGAGAGCCAUUAUGAGGCACAAAUCUCUGAGAACAAACCUGCAGGAACAAGUGUGUUAACAGUGUCGGCCUCUGAUCUGGAUCAAGGAACCAAUGGGCUCGUGACUUAUGGUGUCUCACAGGGAAGUUUCACCAUCAACCCUUUCACAGGGGUCAUAACAACCACUAAGUCGUUGGAUAGGGAGCUUGAGGAUUACUAUUCUGUGACAGUUUAUGCUAAAGAUGGAGGCCUCCCACCCAACUACGCCAAAGCAACAGUGAAGAUCAAGGUCCUUGAUGUUAACGACAACGCCCCUGUUUUUGGACGUCUCUACUACAGCAUAGAGGUGCCUGAGAAUGUGGAGGCGUUGCCUCUCUUCACCAUUAAAGCCACCGAUCCAGAUGCAGGAGACAGUGGAGAGAUUAGCUACAGAAUAACAGCUGGGGACCCAUCUGGGAACUUCCACAUUGACAGGAAAUCAGGAGUGCUGUAUACUUCAAAGCCGCUGGAUCGGGAGAAGAGACCUGGGUAUACCUUAACAGUUGUGGCUCAGGACAAGGGCAGCCCCGCACUCAGCAGCAGCACCACUGUGGAAGUGACAGUGCUGGACAUCAAUGACCACAGGCCACAGUUUGAGAGCAGCAGCUAUACUGCUGACAUCUCAGAAGAUGUUCCCAUUGGUUCCCUGGUUCUGGAGGUCAAGGCCGUAGAUUUGGACGACGGACCCAACAGUCAGAUCUUCUACUUCCUGAGUCGUGGCUCUCAGAGCAUGUUCAUCAUAGACCAGAGCACGGGCCGCAUUAUCACAGCAGCACCCCUAGAUAGAGAGAAAACAGCCUCGUACACCUUUGUGGUGUGUGCCACUGACUCCUCCCCCGCCAAUCCCCUGAAUUCGACUGCUGAAGUCACCGUCUACAUCCAAGAUGUGAACGACAACGCUCCUUUUUUCAUCCAGGAUCCCCUUAUUCUCAACAUCUCUACCAGCAGUGUGUCUAGCCGGCGGAUCUUAGCCACGAUGAGAGCUGAGGACAAGGACUUUGGUGCAAAUGGAUCUGUUUUUUACCGUUUCGCCAGCCCUGUCAGGGGCUUUACCAUCAACUCACUGACUGGAGACAUCCAGGCCACAGAGAAACUUCAGACUCUCACACAAACCCAAAGGACUUUAAUUGUCCAGGCCAUGGACCAAGGAAACCCUGCUCAGUCGUCCCUGGGUGUCGUUAUUAUUUAUCUUAGGGAGCAAAACUACAGAGGGAUCCGCUUCUCCCGUACGGCUAGAGACGUCAGUCUGCCAGAAAACGCUGCACAAGGCACAGUAGUGACAAAGACUGAAGCUCAGUAUCCUGAUGGCUCUAAAACUGGGAUCAUCUACAGCCUUUUUAGUGGAAAUAAAAUGCAGUCUUUUGGGAUAAACCCCAUUACUGGUGAAAUAUGGGUGCAGAAAUCCGAAGGACUAGACUUUGAAGAGACUCCAAAACUCCGCCUGGUGGUGAAAGCAGAGACAGCAUCUUCCAGCACUUACAUGGCUGUCAACUUAAUUCUGCAGGACGUGAAUGACAACUUGCCCCGCUUCCAGCUCCAGAACUACGUGGCUUACAUCAGGGAGGCACAAGGGCACAAUUCUCCCAUCAUCCAGGUUGCUGCAGAUGAUCCAGACCAGGGUCAAAAUGGUCAGGUGACAUACUCCAUCGGGUCAUCAUCCAUGAGUGGUUUGUUCAAAAUUGACCCCCUGACUGGCAGCAUCACCACUGGCGCCAUCAUGGACCGAGAGAUCUGGACACAAACAAAGCUCGUUGUUGUGGCAACAGACCGGGGAACCCCACGGCUGGCUGGCUCUGCCACCCUCACUGUGAUCGUCGUCGACCUCAACGACAACAGCCCCAUGAUUCCCCUGCCUCGAGAGAUCCGGGUGCCUGAGGAUACUCUUAUUGGGACCGUUAUCACCCAGGUCACAGGAAAUGAUGUGGACUCGGGACCGCCGCUCUCCUAUACGCUGCACCUGGAUGCUAACAGCCGAGGCAUGUUUGGGGUCCAUCACUACGGGGGAGGAGUGUCUUUGACAGGGUCUCUCGACUACGAAGAGAGGACAUGGUACACCCUGACAGUCCGCUCGUCUGACUCUAAACAUCAAAGCGAAGCCAAUCUCACCGUGCUGGUGGACGAUGUGAAUGACAACGCCCCAGCGUUUGCUCAAGAUUUUUACCAGGUGACUGUGUCAGAGCACCUAGGAGCAGGCAGCGCGUUGAUCACCUUGACAGCCACUGACCGUGACUCUGGCGAGAACGGAAAAAUCACCUACAGAGUAAUGUCGUCCACCAAGGGGGCUUUCUUCAUUGAUCCGAGCAAUGGAACUCUUUUUGUCAGCCAGAAGACAGAACUGGAUUUUGAACAUCCCUCCAUCCUUGUUGCGAUCGAGGCCCGGGACAACGGCACUCCGUCUCUAUCGUCCAUCGCCACUGUCCAGGUCCAAGUGUCCGACGUCAACGACAACGCUCCCGUUUUUCACCAGUCAGAGUACAGAGCCACCGUCUCUGAAGAUGGCCUCCCUGGAUCAACUGUUCUCACAUUAGAAGCCGUGGACGGAGACCUUUUCCGGGAAAACUGUGGUUUUGAUUUUGCCAUCGCCAGUGGCAACUCUGGUAACGCCUUCCAGAUUGAGAGCAGCGUGCACUUCUUGGAGGGCCGGGGAUUCCAGACAGUUGGCAGCCUGAUUCUGGCGGAAAAGCUUGACUUUGAAGCCGUCCCAGCCUAUAACCUGACCGUCGUGGUAUCAGAUCGGGGGAUCCCCCAGCGCAGCUCCAGCGUGCCGGUCCUAAUCAGCGUCACAGACGCCAAUGACAACCCGCCAACGUUCAGCCGUACCGAAUACAGUGUCGCACUGAGUGAGGGUUCGGCAGCGGGGACGGAGAUCUUGCAUUUGUCAGCCACAGACCCAGACUCCGCCCCCAACGGAGAGGUGCAGUACUCUAUAAGCUCAGGGGACGAGACACAUCUGUUCGAGGUGGAUCGUUGGACUGGAGUACUGAGGCUGCAGAGACCUCUUGACAGCAGAACACAGCUAUCCCAUUUGAUUGUUGUCCAGGCUACUGACGGUCAAGGCCAUUAUGCUUUAGCCGCAGUAAACAUUGAGGUCAAAGACAUAAACGACAACAAGCCUUUCUUCCCUCUUAAAUCAGUAACCGCAAGUGUCAGGGAGAACCAGCCCCCCAAUGCCUUAGUUACAAUGCUGCAUGCAGUUGACCAUGACAAGGGAGUCUUUGGACAGCUGAAGUAUUACCUGUUAGACACCCCUAAAGAUAGACAAGAGGACUUCUUCAUAAAUCAAACAUCAGGCGAAGUGCGAACGCGCGCAACGUUUGACUUUGAGAAGGUCAACUCCUUCCAUUUUGUGGCUGUUGCCAUGGAUGCCGGCAAUUAUUCUUCCACCGUAACAGUGCAGGUGUAUGUCACCGGGGAGGACGAGUACGAUCCCGUUUUCAUCUCAUCAGACUUCUCUUUUGAAGUGCCUGAAGGAGCAAAGAAAGGUCAGAUCAUCGGCAAAGUGCAAGCCAGGGAUGAGGACGGAGGUGUGGACGGCGUUGUCCUUUACUCGCUGUCCGAACAGUCGCCUUACUUUGAAGUUAACCAAUCAACUGGAGAAAUUUCUAUCAAGAUGGACAGCAGCGCCAGACACCUGAGCCGCUCUAAAAGAGAGAUACGUCUGGUCGCUCUGGAUGUGACCGCUCACAGCCCUCUGGAGACGUCUCGCACGGCGGUGGCAAAAGUUACCGUUGACGUGAGCCACACCUCCUUCGGCCUCACGGCAGACAUGAAUAUGCUGCUUGUCAGCGUCAUCGCUGUUUCGCUUGGGACCAUAAUGAUUCUGAUAGUGAUUGCUGUGGCGCUGUUUUUUGUCAGAUUGCGACGCCACAAACGGGAGCAAAGAACCCAUAAGAGAAACCCAAUUGCGGGCACCCUGCUGCACAAUUUUGAGGAAACAAAACUAUCAGCAAACGAAAUCAUAUACCAUCAGGCUCUGCCUGGGUACGCAUCUGAUCAGAGCGGGAAUGUCGGGGGUCCAUACACUCGCGGGGGAUCCCUGGACCCGUCCCACUCCAGCGGCCGCGGCUCCGCAGAAGCGGCAGAGGACGACGAGAUCCGGAUGAUCAAUGAAUAUCCCAGAGUGUCGAGCAUCUCUUCCUCCAUGCAGGAGCGUAUAUCUGCCCGGGGUCCGGACUCAGGGAUUCAGCAGGAUGCUGAUCAGCUGUCAGAUGUUUCCUGUGAGCCGCCUUUAGACUGGUUUAAAGGAAAGAAACUGAGCAGCACAAGUAGUACUUUAAUAGCUGGCCAGGUGCCAGUCUACAGGGACGAGCGGGGAGGCUAUGUGGGCGUCGGGCGAGGACUCAGCAUCUCCCAGCCUAAAGACUAUUCCUUCCCAGAGGAUGGGAAGCCCCCUGUGGAUGGUUCCCUUACAGCUAUUGUGGCCAGUGAUGAGGAGCUGAGGGGCAGCUACAACUGGGACUACCUUCUGAACUGGUGCCCCCAGUUUCAACCCUUAGCUAACGUCUUUACCGAAAUAGCACGCUUAAAAGAUGAAACCGCUCCUCCUCAUCCCCGCAGGUCAUUUCAUCAUAAAGCAAAAGCAGAGUCAAGGAUUGACCCUCCGCCUCUCAUAACCUCUGUGGCCCACCCUGGGGCCAAGACUGUACCCCCAAAGCCUGCCAUAUCCAGGACUUUCUCUCACCUGGCCUCGUUACGAAGAUCUCCCAUCAGCGCUCAGGGGUCCAUCUCCUCGGUUGCGAUGUCUCCAAGUUUUUCUCCGUCUCUCUCGCCGCUGGCAGCACGGUCUCCUGCAGUUACACCCUUCAGUGUCUCACAGGGACCCUCUGCCUCCUUGAUCAGCACAACUGAGCACAGUUUCGAACACAGCGAGGAGGCAGAUCUGCAGAUUUAAAUUCCGAACGGCCGGAUUCGAAACCCAGCCACUGCUGUUCAGAAACCUGUGCUACUGUGGGACCAGCGGCUGCAACUUGAAAGCUUGAAAUGCUAAACUCUCUUUUGUUCUGUUUCUCAAGAAAACAAGUACACAGUGUGACACUCUGACCAAAAAAAAAAAAAAAAAAAAACUCAAGCUGGGGUGUUUUCCAAGAAGAAACAUCAGUUACAGGCCAAAAAAAAAACAAUUAUGCCUUUCUCUGUCUGUGUGUGUGUGUGUGUGUAUUUUUAUUUUCUUGAUCAGUGUUAAUUUGCACAUUCGAAUGGAGAUUUAUACAUGAUGUCAAUAUUUUGUACAAAGUGAGUGUUUAUAUUUUUCUACUUACAUGUGGGUUUCUGUCAGAAAAAAAACAUUGCAUUAAAGUGUCAAAGGGUAGAACACUUCAGAAUAUAUCUGUACAUUUUGUAGCUUGUACUGUAUACUUGCUCGUACUGUAUGUUUGUGACAUUUUGUGUAUUCUCAACCUCGUGGUUCAAAUGAAGCUCCUCGUCGCGGUUUUAAUGAGUUUAGAAUGUUGUGUAGGAUAACUGUAAAUAUUUGUAGUACAAGAAACAGUCGGCAAAAGUGCUCUGUGGUCACAUGUUCAACUGGUAACAAUGAAUGUGAAAAGUCUUCAACACACGCCCCCUCCGAACUGCGCGAAGGAAAGGGGCGAACGUGAGGCCCGUUCUUCCUGUACAUCAAGAGCAGUCGCUUUCAUUUCUCACUGUAAGCCUUACUGUCUGUCGUGUUUUAUUGUGAAGAUCGUUAAGCAGGUUUGCGGAAAAUGGAAAAUCACUUUCUCGGUCAACAGCUGAACCAUUCCAGAAAAUGGAAGCGGUUCUCGAUCUACCAAUUUUCCCUGUAAAGACAACACUAUAAAAGGGCAAUUGUUUUACUCUAAUUUGAGAUAGAUUUGUUUUGUAUACAAUAUUUCAACCUUUUUAUUUUUUUAGUCUGUGUCCACUUUUUCUCCCCCACUCCUGAGUUUUAUAUAUUUUAGAUCUUCAAGCAGUGCCUACGGAUGUUUGAUGCCUACAUCUGAUCACCUUCACUAAUGUGUUUUUGGCAACCUUUUACUGAACAAAAUAAGGAGUCUACUUCUUUAACUUCUUAGUGCCCCUGCUUAGUAGCCAGUUUUAUACUUAUUUUAUCAUCUAGCAUUUUCCAGUAAUCAAGGCGGGCUCAGAAAAAGAGGGGCUCGCUAAAUUCUUCACAGGAAUGUUAGAAUAACCUGACCUUGACAAAAUACACACAAGCACUACAUAUUUAGCCUAAUGAAGGUACCUUUCUUCCUGUAAUAUUUUUAUUUAACAUGUUGAAAAUAAACCCAUCAUCCUUAAAGGAGAUAUCAUAACAGAAGUGACUGCAAAUAGUUUCACACGUAUCAAUCUAGACUUGUUCUGACUGAGUGAUGUUUCAAAGGGAAAAGUGCCUGAUUAAAGUGCUUAAGAUCACA